AUGGCUGCCUCAGAUGCCGAGUACCGGUGCUUCGUUGGUGGUCUAGCAUGGGCCACUGACAACGAAGCCCUAGAGAAAGCUUUCUCUCAAUACGGUGACAUCCUCGACUCGAAGAUUAUUAACGAUCGUGAGACUGGAAGGUCAAGAGGUUUUGGAUUUGUCACAUUCGCUGAUGAGAAGUCAAUGAAAGAUGCGAUCGAAGGGAUGAACGGUCAGGACAUGGACGGACGUAACAUCACUGUAAACCAAGCUCAGAGCCGUGGUAGUGGUGGAGGAGGCCGUGGUGGCGGUGGAUAUGGAGGGGGCCGUGGCGGUGGAGGAUAUGGUGGCGGCGGAGGCUAUGGUGGCCGUCGUGAAGGUGGAGGAGGAUACGGUAAUGGUGGAGGAGGAUAUGGUGGUGGAGGUGGUUACGGAGGAAGCAGAGACCGUGGAUAUGGAGGAAGUGGUGGUGGUGGUGGAUAUUCUCGUGGCGGAGGUGGUGAUGGUGGAAACUGGAGGGAGUAG